GAGCUCAGUGGAAGCGGUCCAGUGACACCUGUGUGCUUCUGAAGCCUGGGUCCCUUCAGUCCCGAGGACAUUCAACUACAACUGUGGACUUUGUGCAGGAAGAUGAAAGUGUUGGUGGUGGUUGGGCUCCUCAUCCACGUUUCCCAGCAUGCACUGGCUGUAGUGGUGCAGGCGUAUGAGGGGAUGGAGUCGGUCCUGCUGCCCUACCAGUAUUCUGGCAUGUUCCCGGAGGUUCCCUUUUCAGUGGUUUGGAAACGCUCUGAUCUGAACCAAACAGUUAUUCACCUGCUGAAAUACGACAACAACGAACUGAAAGACGAAUACCGACACAGUGAGCGCAUGUCAGUGAAGAAGAAUGUUCUGGAAACUGGAGACUUCAGCCUCACUGUGAAGAAACCACAACUGUCUGACAGCAGCAACUACACCUGUAACCUCCAAUGGGAAACAGAGAGGGAGGGGCCUAAAGAAUGGAGAAUGACACAAGUACAGCUGCAGGUCAAAGAUGACCAGAAGGAGGUGGAGGUCCAGCAGGGGGCGGAGUCUAUCCGUCUGCCUUGUAAAGCUUCAGCCGAUCUGCCUGAAGACACCACAGUGGACUGGACUCACUUUGACCCAGAACUGAUGGUGGUCCACGUGUCCCGGAGUAAAACUGAUGAUCUUCAAACACAGGACAGGUCUUACCGUGACCGCACACAGAUGAAUGAAGACAUGAGUCUGACUCUGAAAAAGCCCACAGACACAGACGGAGGUGUGUAUAUCUGCACCGUCUACAGGGAAGGAGACGUCCUGAGGUCUAAAGUCCUGCUCCAGGUGGUCCCAGAGGGUUUUCCAGCCUGGGCCACAGCUCUCCUGGUUGUCUUUGCUGUUCUUCUUCUAAUCCUUCUAGGACGUUUCUUUAUUUUCCGAGGGUAUUUUCAGUCAGUCUACGAGGUGGAGGUGGAUUCAGGGGAGGAGUCUGUCCUGCUGCCAUGUAAAACUAUAGCUCACCUGACAAAGAACUCCAGACAGAUCAGCGUUAUGUGGAAGAACUUACACAACCAACAGAUCCUUGUGCAUAUGUACGGCUCUGGAAAACCUGAUGAACAGGACCAGGAUUACACAGACAGAACAGAGAUGAAGAAACACUGGCUGAGAACUGGAGACUUCAGUUUAACCCUGAAACACCCAACGGACUGGGACACUAACAGCUACGUAUGCACCAUCUACAACAGAGACAAGGUCCUGGAGAACAAACGAGUGGUGCUGAAGGUCAGAGUCCAACAGGUGGAGGGGGAUUCAGAGGAGGAGUCUGUCCUGCUGCCCUGGAAAACCACAUUACAUAUAGAGGACGUCAGUCAGCUCACAGUGGAGUGGACGGCCCGUUAUAACAGGAAGGUCCAUGUGUAUGAGGACGGCUCUGACAGAACUAAUGAACAGAACUAUAGAUACAGAAACAGAACAGAGAUGAAAGAAGACCCACUGAGAACUGGAGACCUCAGUCUGACCCUGAAACACCCCACAGACUGGGACAGUGACACCUACACCUGCACCGUCUACAACAGAGACAAGCAGAUCCUGAGGAGGAAACAAGUGCGUCUGAAGGUCAAAGUCCAACAGGUGGAGGGGGAUUCAGAGGAGGAGUCUGUCCUGCUGCCCUGGAAAACCACAUUACAUAUAGAGGACGUCAGUCAGCUCACAGUGGAGUGGACGGCCCGUUAUAACAGGAAGGUCCAUGUGUAUGUGGACGGCUCUGACAGAACUAAUGAACAGAACCAUAAAUACAGAAACAGAACAGAGAUGAAAGAAGACCCACUGAGAACUGGAGACCUCAGUCUGACCCUGAAACACCCCACAGACUGGGACAGUGACACCUACACCUGCACCGUCUACAACAGAGACAAGCAGAUCCUGAGGAGGAAACAAGUGAAACUGAAGGUCAAAGACCAACAGGUGGAGGGGGAUUCAGAGGAGGAGUCUGUCCUGCUGCCCUGGAAAACCACAUUACAUAUAGAGGACGUCAGUCAGCUCACAGUGGAGUGGACGGACGAUGAUAACAGGAAGGUCCAUGUGUAUGAGGACGGCUCUGACAGAACUAAUGAACAGGACGAAAUAUACAGAAACAGAACAGAGAUGAAAGAAGACCCACUGAGAACUGGAGACCUCAGUCUGACCCUGAAACACCCCACAGACUGGGACACUGACACCUACACCUGCACCGUCUACAACAGAGACAAGCAGAUCCUGAGGAGGAAACGAGUGUCUCUGGAGGUCAAAGUCCAACAGGUGGAGGUGGAUUCAGAGAAGGAGUCUGUCCUGCUGUCCUGGAAAACCACAUUACAUAAAGAGGACAUCAGUCAGCUCACAGUGGAGUGGACGGACGAUGAUGACAGGAAGGUCCAUGUGUAUGAGGACGGCUCUGACAGAACUAAUGAACAGAACCAUAAAUACAGAAACAGAACAGAGAUGAAAGAAGACCCACUGAGAACUGGAGACCUCAGUCUGACCCUGAAACACCCCACAGGCUGGGACACUAACACCUACACCUGCACCGUCUACAACAGAGACAAGCAGAUCCUGAGGAGGAAACAAGUGGAUCUGAAGGUCAAAGUCCAACAGGUGGAGGUGGAUUCAGAGGAGGAGUCUGUCCUGCUGCCCUGGAAAACCACAUUACAUAUAGAGGACGUCAGUCAGCUCACAGUGGAGUGGACGGCCCGUUAUAACAGGAAGGUCCAUGUGUAUGAGGACGGCUCUGACAGAACUAAUGAACAGAACUAUAGAUACAGAAACAGAACAGAGAUGAAAGAAGACCCACUGAGAACUGGAGACCUCAGUCUGACCCUGAAACACCCCACAGACUGGGACACUGACACCUACACCUGCACCGUCUACAACAGAGACAAGCAGAUCCUGAGGAGGAAACAAGUGCGUCUGAAGGUCAAAGUCCAACAGGUGGAGGUGGAUUCAGAGAAGGAGUCUGUCCUGCUGUCCUGGAAAACCACAUUACAUAAAGAGGACAUCAGUCAGCUCACAGUGGAGUGGACGGACGAUAGGGACAGGAAGGUCCAUGUGUAUGAGGACGGCUCUGACAGAACUAAUGAACAGAACGAAAUAUACAGAAACAGAACAGAGAUGAAAGAAGACCCACUGAGAACUGGAGACCUCAGUCUGACCCUGAAACACCCCACAGACUGGGACACUGACACCUACACCUGCACCGUCUACAACAGAGACAAGCAGAUCCUGAGGAGGAAACGAGUGUCUCUGGAGGUCAAAGUCCAACUGGUGGAGGUGGAUUCAGGGGAGGAGUCUGUCCUGCUGCCAUGUCAAACUAUAGCUCACCUGACAAAGAACUCCAGACAGAUCAGCGUUAUGUGGAAGAACUUAGACAACCAUCAGAUCCUUGUGCAUAAGUACGGCUCUGGAGAACCUGAUGAACAGGACCAGGAUUACACAGACAGAACAGAGAUGAAGAAACACUGGCUGAGAACUGGAGACUUCAGUUUAACCCUGAAAAACCCAAUGGACUGGGACGCCAACGAAUACUUAUGCACCAUCUACAACAAAGACAAGGUCCUGAAGAAGAAACGAGUGGUGCUGAAGGUCAGAGUCCAACAGGUGGAGGUGGAUUCAGAGGAGGAGUCUGUCCUGCUGCCCUGGAAAACCACAUUAUAUAUAGAGGAUGUCAGUCAGCUCACAGUGGAGUGGACGGACCAUGAUGACAGGAAGGUCCAUGUGUAUGAGGACGGCUCUGACAGAACUAAUGAACAGGACGAAAUAUACAGAAACAGAACAGAGAUGAAAGAAGACCCACUGAGAACUGGAGACCUCAGUCUGACCCUGAAACACCCCACAGACUGGGACACUGACACCUACACCUGCACCGUCUACAACAGAGACAAGCAGAUCCUGAGGAGGAAACUAGUGGAUCUGGAGGUCAAAGUCCAACAGGUGGAGGGGGAUUCAGAGGAGGAGUCUGUCCUGCUGCCCUGGAAAACCACAUUACAUAUAGAGGAUGUCAGUCAGCUCACAGUGGAGUGGACGGACGAUGAUAACAGGAAGGUCCAUGUGUAUGAGGACGGCUCUGACAGAACUAAUGAACAGGACGAAAUAUACAGAAACAGAACAGAGAUGAAAGAAGACCCACUGAGAACUGGAGACCUCAGUCUGACCCUGAAACACCCCACAGACUGGGACACUGACACCUACACCUGCACCGUCUACAACAGAGACAAGCAGAUCCUGAGGAGGAAACUAGUGGAUCUGGAGGUCAAAGUUCAACAGGUGGAGGAGGGGGCGUGGUCAGCCCUGCUGCCCUUCAGAACGACCCCUGACCUGCCUCAGGACGCCAGAGUGGAGUGGAGGUACUAUACUAAUGACCUGAAAUACAUACAUGUCCAUGUGUCUGAGAAGAAGUCAGCUCAACCUGGUGAACAGGACGACAGAUACAGAAACAGAACAAAGAUGAAUGAAGACCCAUGGACGACUGGAGACUGCAGUCUGACCCUGAAUGACCUCCAACAGGACGACUCUGGAACAUAUGUAUGUGUAGUCAUCAGAGAUGGAGACACCCUGAGAGGGAAAACAGUGGAGCUGAAGGUCAAAGGUCAGAGUUCAGAUGCAGGUCAGAGGUCAGGUGUGUCUCUGUCCUCUGUCUCCUCUGCAGACAGAUCUCAGAUCACAUAUCAGUUUCCUCCAAUAAGAGAAGAUGCAGAAGCUGAAGCAGCUGUUUGAUUGAUCUGUUGUGUGUGUGUUUGUGUUUGUCCAGUCCAACUCCUAAACUGAGGCUUGAUCUUAUUCCUCUAGAAUAUAUGAAACAGGUCAAUACAAUAGAAAUACACACACUUCAAAGCACUCAGACUGUGCUUUUCCACUCUUCAUUAUUGUAUUUCUAGUGUUUGUUUCUCUGUGAUGACAGUCUGUCCUCCAAACCAAAGAAAAUCCAAACUAUCAAAUCCAAACCACUGCAGCUAAAUCAGACAAAUGAACACUGUCAGAGAGGAUGGAUUUUCCAACAGGAUGAUGAUGUGAACCCUAUCUGUAAAUCCACCAUGGACGCCCUCACAGACUCCAGCUGAAGGUUUGGAACAGACCUCACAGUCCCAGACUUGAACAUCAUUGAACAUCUGUGGGUAGAUCUGAAGAGCUACGUAUGAAGACCAACCAAGAAUAUUUAAGAACUAGAGUUCAUUUACAGACAAGAAUGGGAGAAAAUCGCAAACACAAGAACUGGAAGACUUUCAGCUGCUACCAAAAGUAUUUUAGUUUAGUUUGUAUCGUGGACAAUCCCAAAUAAUGAACUGUAUCAAUAAGAGUGAAAAGUUUCAGCUUUAGCCGACAUGUCUAUAAUCCUGCUGUAGUCCUCAGCCUGACGACAAUAGGAACCCUAAAAAAACAAUAGAUUACAGCAGAGUAAUUAAAAAGAAAGACUUCAGACAGCUAAGAGACCAGAUCCAUCAGUACAGAUAAACAGACUGUGGUGGACACAGCCACACAUGGGAACAUCUGUACAAACUAGAGCCCGGACCAUUAAUGGGGCCGAUUAUAGUGUAUCAGCAAUUAAUCAACAUCGGCCAAUAUGUAGCCGAUAUAUGAACUGUUUUUGCUGCGCAGAGAUUCUGUGGCUUGCUGCUCCUGUGUGUGUGUGUGUGUGUGUGUGUGUGUGUGUGUGUGUGUGUG